AUGGAUGAUAAUGGCAGUAGACGACUAUCGCGCCGCAACAGACGCCAUGUCUCAUCUCCCAUUUCUCUCCCAUUGCCGUGCCGCCAAGCUCAUAUUACAGAAAUCUCCAUGGUGGGAACACAAGCAGAGUCCAUCCCGGCCCAUCACACGCUUCGCAAGGAGCUAGAGCCUGAAUUGCACAAAUCUCGUCUUCAACCUUCGGUGAUACUGCCACCAGCCAUGCCAUACCUGGAUCGUGGAAUCCAGGGUGUCGAGUCGUCGAGUCGAGUCGAGCCGAGCAGAGAGCUUCGGAGCUGCUGGCACUGGCACUGGCACUGGCGCGGUAGCCGUUCCUGGAAAAUCCCCUCGGGCACCGUCAAAGAAGCUGCGUCUGUCAGAGAGAUUACCUUGUGUCCUUGGCUCUUUGUUGAGCCCGUCACUCGGCAUCCCAGUGCCGUCAUUUCCACAGGCAGCUUGCAAGCAAAGAUAGGACCCAUAAAUUACGCCCCCAGUGCCCAGGAACAAUUCCAACAACGACAGAAACAUCAGAAAACCCACAACCCGGUCUGCGAGCUAAAGAGAAGAACAACAUCCCUGGCACGCCUAUCCGAACUCGUUCCACGCUCCAUCGCCUUCACAGAGAAAGACAUUCUGAGGAGAUUUUGUCCGACUGAGCCUGAGUCUCACUGUACACAACCUGAGUCUGUUGCCUACGAAGCAAUUACCCACGAUGCCAAGCGCAAAGUGGGUGCUGCCGCCGCCGUCGUCUCCUACUUGGGGCCUUCGGGGGGAGUAGUCUGGUCUAACGCCGGGCCAGCGCAGGGUAAACUCAGCCGGGCGGCCGUUCUCCUUUAA